AAGUCACACCAGCCAUUAGUCGUAAAAGCGCGUUCGUACCGAUCGGUUAGUUGCUUGCAUUGUUCUUCCUUUUUUAAUUUUAUCGCUAAUUAUUAACGAGUGAUUUCUGUUACGCGUUCUAUUCAAAGUGAAAAUGCCAUUUCCGGAUACUAUUAACGGUCACGACAAUUUUCCGGUCAGACGAUUGACCAAUAACGACAUGUUGCAAACAAAUGCGAAGCAUGCGCGACAAACGUAUACCUUUGAAACGUUGCAAGAAUCAGCACAGUAUUUAUUGGAUCGCAUCAAGAUCAGACCGAAAAUAGGAAUUAUAUGCGGCUCGGGACUGGGAACAUAUGAGCAAAACGAGUUGUGUCCAGGUUCAAUUGCGGAAUCUCUUGUGGACAAGCGAUGCUUUCCCUAUGAAGAAAUUCCACAUUUCCCGGUAUCUACGGUAAAGGGACACACCGGACAGAUGGUCUUCGGGUAUCUCCAGGGUGUACCGGUCAUGUGCAUGCAGGGCAGGUUUCAUUAUUACGAAGGCUACCCACUAUGGAAGUGCGCCAUGCCAGUGAGGGUGAUGAAACUGGUGGGUGUGACACAUUUAAUCGCCACUAACGCAGCCGGCGGUUUAAAUCCUACUUACAAAGUUGGUGAUAUCAUGAUAGUGAAGGAUCAUGUGAAUAUGAUGGGUUUUGCCGGCAACAACCCGCUUCAAGGACCGAAUGACGACAGAUUUGGCCCUCGAUUUCCGCCUAUGAAUAAAGCCUAUAAUGCUGAACUGAUAAAGAUUGGUAGGCAAGUAGCCGAAGAUAUGGGUAUCAGCGAUAUCGUACACAAGGGGGUUUACACGUGUUUAGGUGGUCCUAAUUUCGAGACAGUGGCGGAGUUAAAGAUGCUGAGGAUGGUCGGUGUUGAUGCAGUUGGAAUGUCCACGGUUCAUGAGGUUAUCACUGCACGGCAUUGCGAUCUGACCGUAUUUGCAUUCAGUCUAAUUACCAAUCAAUGCGUCACUGAUUACGAAGAUCAUGGCGAGGCGACCCAUGAAGAGGUAAUGGACGUCGGCAAAGCGCGACAACCAGUUCUUGAAGAAUUUGUAUCCAGAAUCGUGAUACGUCUUAAGGAUAUCCUGGAACCAAAAUGACUGGAUUGAAAAUCAUUCCGAUAUAUGGCAUGCUUCAUUUUAAGAUUCUAAGGAAUCCUUUGAAUUAUUGAUUCAUUCGUUUUCGUUAUUUAUAGACAAAAAAUUUUAAUUAAUUGGAGAUAAAAAGUUAUUGAUAGUGCAAAGAAGUAACGUUUCAGUAUCGUUAUUUUUAAAUUUAAGUUUUGAUUUUUCGUCAUUUUUGAGUUUUCUUAACAAAAAUAUCAAGAUUCUAAUGUAAAUUUAAUACAGAAUAAGUCAAUUGACAAAUCACUCCUCGAAUCUUCAUUAUCUUAUUUUCAUUAUCUUCGUCGUAUUUUACCUAUUUAGUUGGCGCUUCAAUUCUACUUAUCUGAAUUCGAGCUCGAUUCAGAUCUCAAUUGAUUCGUUACACACCUUGAGGGGUCUCGAGUUGGAGAAGGAGAGAUGAGAAAAGGAGAAAUAGGAAAGCCUUAUAGAUAGUUAGUCGGCGCAUUCCCUCAAUUUUCCAUCCUUGUUUCGUUAUCCUCAUCUCGUUUUCGCCUUCUUCUAUCACUAAUGCAUUGUCGUUCAGCUCCAAUAAAUCUUAAACCUUGAUGACCAUAUGGCGCAGGAAUAGCGAAUUAAAUUAUGAUUCGAUAAGCAAAAAAUUUGUGCGGUACUAAAACAAUGUUAUAUGAUGUCUUGUGGAUUAUGAAAUUCUAGUUUUUUUUUCUUUUUUAAACAAUGCUUAGUUUAAGAAGGAUACUAUAUUCGAGAAUAAUUAUGUUUUAAGUACUAUUAAAAACAUUAUAUAUAGAGAGAGGUUUGAUAAACUUCUGCAUCACAAAUUUACAUGAAAUUUUAUAUAAAAUAGAAGAAAAAGUAAGGCAUAAACGUAAUUAGAAGAUUUAAAUGUAAAUAUCAUUACAAUAUAUAUAUAUAUAUAUAUAUAUAUAUAUAUAUAUAUAUAAGAUUUAUAUAUAAGUAAUUGAUGCAAUGCACAUCAUUAUCGUGUUAAUUAUUUAAUUUUUGAAAUUGAUUAGGUAUCGUGUGCAACGUGUAGUAAAAAUUAUACAGAAAUAACUUUUAUUUGGAUAAUUUUUAUUAAUAUUAAAAUAAAUUAAUAAUAAAAUAAAUAUUAAUAUAAAAUAUUUUUAUUAAAAUACGAUAUUUCUUAUGUGAGAACGCUCGAUGGAGAAAUUCAAUAUCGAAGUUCUGAAGUAUUACAUCGUGUGUUUUCCCGCAAGAAAUAGAACUAAAAACUGCCAAUAGAAUAUCGAUGUACUUAUUGACAUGUUUAUUAAAAGCAAUGAAUUACAUGUUUAUUAUAAUAUUGAUUGAAGAAAACGACAAUAUCAUAACGAAAAAUAAUGAAAAAAAUUAAAUAUGUUAAGAAAAAUAUUUUUUUUUAACGUGAUAAUUCAAACACAAAUUUAAUGUGCACAUAUUGUAUUAUUUAAAAUAAUUAUAUGAUAUUAUCAAAGCAAUAUAAAAAAAAACUAAAUUAAAGAUAUAAUUUUGUUACAUACAUUUAUUAUAUUCUUUAAUCAAAUUAUUUUUAAUUUAAUCAUUUUUUAUUAUUAAAUUACUAAUUUGUUAUUUUUAUAUUUAUUAUUAAUACAAGUUAUUUCUAGUUUAACAACUAUUCAUUAUGUGUCUUAAUUUAUAAUUUAUUUUUCUAAUCAUACUAUUAGGUGUACAUCUUGAUACAGUUACUAUUAUAUAUAUGUACUUAUAAAUUUUUAAUCUAUUUUGUAAUUUUACAAAGCUAUUCUUUUUUGAUAAUUUUUUCGUCUUUUAUAGACAUUGUCAAGAAGCAAAAUUUAUAAUUUUUCUUAAUCAAGUUACGUAUAAUCAAUAAGGAAAAAUAUGCGAUUAUAUUGCGAUUUAAAAUGUAGAUAUAGUGUAAAAAAUAGUGUUAUAUUUUAAUUAUAUAUACAUUGAUUAACACUAUCCAUAAUGAUUGUGUAACUAACUGUUAUCCACAAACGGAGAUUCAUGUAUCUCUAUAAAUAAAAAAUAUAGAAAUGCAAAAAGUGUGCAUUUCGUAUAGUUGUAUAUAUGUUCUAUAAAAUGGUACGUGUAUAAUUCGAUUAUCUAUACUUUCUAAUUUGUAUCCAUAAAAUAUUUUUGUUGCCUAAAUAAUUUUAUCACGUAUUCUUGUAAAAAUUUAAUAUUAUUAUAAAAUGUAUUAAAAAUUGUACGUAUUAAGAUAUUUAAUAAACGAUAUGUUUUAAUGUAAAAAAUAAUAAAA